UUUCUUUCUCUCUUUUCCAAAUCCUCCAUUAUCUAAAUCUCUUUCGCUCUCCACGUGUUUGUUCAAAGUCGAUGCAUCAUGCACAGGAGCCUCACCUAUAUACGCGCAUUCGAUUUCGCAGUUUCAUCUCAUAACAAUAAUCUUAACUUCCGUUUUCUUAUCUCAGAUUCAAACCCGAGAAGAAACUCCAGGAAUUCAUCCAUGGCGCCUCCGAUUCUCUCCCUUGCUCUUCCCUCCGAGACCGGUCGCGUUCUCAGCAUUCAAUCUCACACCGUUCAGGGUUAUGUUGGGAAUAAAUCAGCUGUGUUCCCACUGCAACUUUUGGGCUAUGAUGUGGAUCCAAUCAAUUCUGUGCAGUUUUCGAAUCACACAGGGUACCCAACUUUUAAGGGUCAGGUUUUGGAUGGAAAGCAACUAUGGGAACUUGUAGAAGGACUUGAAGCUAAUGAUCUCUUGUACUACACUCACUUAUUAACAGGUUACAUUGGUUCAGUUUCUUUUCUCAGCACUGUAUUGGAGGUUGUCAGCAAGCUUCGCUCGAUAAACCCUGAGCUUAUAUAUGUAUGUGAUCCAGUGUUGGGUGAUGAAGGGAAGCUUUAUGUUCCGGAGGAGCUGGUGUCAGUGUACCGUGAGAGGGUUGUUCCUAUGGCUUCAAUGUUGACUCCCAACCAGUUUGAAGCAGAACUAUUAUCAGGACACAGGAUUCAGUCUGAAGGAGAUGGUCGAGAAGCUUGUAACUCGCUUCAUGCAGUUGGACCUUCAAAGGUUGUAAUUACAAGUAUAAGUAUAGAUGGGAAUCUUCUCCUCAUUGGAAGCCAUCAAAAGGAAAAGGGACAUCCUCCCAAACAAUUUAAAAUCGCGAUUCCCAAAUUACCAGCUUAUUUUACGGGAACGGGAGAUCUCAUGACUGCACUUCUUCUUGGUUGGAGCAACAAAUACCCGGACAACCUUGAGAAGGCUGCAGAACUUGCUGUAUCAAGCUUGCAGGCACUUUUGCAAAGGACACUUAAUGACUACAAAAGCGCUGGACAUGAUCCACAGUCAACCAGUUUAGAGAUCAGAUUAAUUCAAAGCCAGGAUGAUAUUCGCACUCCACAAGUCAAAUUCAAAGCUGAAAUAUACAGCUAAGUUGAUGAUAUGAUAUGAAAUAUACAGAUAAAUUGUAUUUAAACUUUUUUGUGAGAAUGGUGUUAGAACUUAGAACUCAAGACAUAAACGGUGAGGAGGAAAGUUGCUUCUUUCUUCGUCUAUUUCUUUGUUCAAAUAUAGAAAAUUGAGUUAUGAUGUUGAGUAA